UAUCUGCAAUGGUAUCAACCCAGAGGAAUCUGGUAUCCCCUUUAUCAAUUGUGAUUUUUUAGAUCCUAUGCCGCUCUGCCUACUUCUCACCCCUCUCUGAAGAACGUAACCACAAGUUUUCCCACCAUCACGCAGAACUAAAAAAAAACUCAUGGAAGUAAAUUCAGUUUUGAACGAGGAAGACGAAGAAGAAGAAGAGCUGAUAGAAAUUGGAUCAUAUAAGGUACCGAUUCGAAUCGUUCGUGACCCAGCAGAAGAGAUAUUAUUAUUAUGGGCGAUUCAACAACCAACUCUUUAUAAACAGAAUGCUUUAGUUCAACAAUCUUCACUUAACCUUGAUCUUGAAUCUUGUGGUCAUCGUAUCUCCAUCAUUCAAUCACCUUCUUCCAUGUCUACACCUGGUGUCACUGGAGCUGUUAUGUGGGAUAGUGGUGUUGUUUUGGGCAAAUUCUUAGAACACUCUGUUGAUUCUUCUUCUCUGAUCCUGCAGUCUAAGAAGAUUGUCGAAAUCGGCUCUGGUUGCGGUUUAGUUGGAAGAUUGUUUCCAGCUAACUUGUUUGCUAAGCUUUGCGUUGCAGCUCUUUUGGGCGGUCAAGUUAUUCUCACUGAUCUUUUUGAUCGGUUGAAACUUCUAAAGAAGAAUGUCGAAGCCAAUGUGAGUACUUGGGAUACACGUGGUUCUGCAACUGUAACUGAGCUUACAUGGGGUGAGGAUCCUGAUGCUGAGUUGAUUGAACCUCCACCUGAUUAUGUACUUGCAUCAGACGUAAUUUACAGUGAAGGGGCAGUGACAGAUCUGUUGGUUACUCUACGACAACUUUGCGGAUCACAAACAACAAUAUUUUUGACCGGAGAGCUUCGUAAUGAUGCUGUUAUUGAGUACUUCCUAGAACUGGCAAUGGAGGAGUUUGUAAUUGGUCGUGUCGACCAGACAAAUUGGCAUCCUGAUUAUCGCAGUAGCCGUGUCAUGAUGCUUGUAUUAGUGAAAAAAUCAUGAACAUAGCGCUUCAAGAUUAGUUAUGCACUCUAGAAAAAAGAAAAGCUGAUUACAUCUUUUCCUGCCAAAGUUCCUGAGCAAAGUUGGAGUUCCAUUUUCUACAUGUAUUCAUUUUGCCUUGCCAAACUUAAUGAAAUAUUUUUGCUAUAUGUAUUCAUUUGGGUGUAAUUUUUCUUUGUGGUUUAACUAGGGAUUCACCGGCGCCUCCCACA